UCUAGCAAUAUAGCUGCUGCUCCUCCGGCGGAAUGGAAUAGGCGUAUACCCCACGCGCCGCCGCCGCCGAACCGUCAUUUUCUGUACUUUAACAUGACUACGCGUCAAUAGAUUCCUGUUUCAACUUUCUUUUUGUUUGUUGCUAACAAUUGGAUUUUCAAUUGGAAAAGUGCGGUUUUCAUUUCGUUUGAUUUCCGCAAUCUGAAGUGUAUAUUUGGGGCGUGGCGGUUAACAAUACAUACAGGUGGAGAAAGUAGGGGUUGAAUCCAUCGGAAGAAUGUCGGUGCUCAAUCCGGCGUUUGUGAACCGCGAGCUGUCGAAGAAGACCUCUAUUUUUGGCCUCCGUCUAUGGGUGGUGAUCGGAGUGGUCGUUGGAGCGGUUUUUGUGCUCUUCCUCUUCCUCUUUUCUCUCUGCUGCAUCACCGCCUCUCGCCGCCGCCGACUCCGCGGCCGCCGCCGUCGUUCGGAAAAAAUCGCAGGACGUUGUGAAAUUACUCGUAUCGCCUCCAAGGAAACUGCCCCCGCCGACCAACGUCCAAUGGUGUCUGCGGCUGCACCGGAAAUACAGAUCAACAUGGGCAAGGUGGAGCACCGAGUUGUUUAUCCAGAGAGGGGAGCAUUGAGCGGCGAGAGCAGGGCCACCAGUGUGUCCGAUCGGCCAUCACUUGGAGAAGCCAGUGGGGUGUCGUUGCCAGAGGUUUCGCAUUUGGGGUGGGGAAGGUGGUUUACUCUACGGGAGCUUGAGGACGCCACCAAUGGAUUCUCUGAUGAGAAUGUGAUUGGUGAAGGUGGAUAUGGUAUUGUGUAUUUGGGGGCCCUGGCCGACAACACACAUGUUGCGAUAAAGAAUUUGUUGAACAACAGGGGUCAAGCUGAGAAAGAGUUCAUGGUGGAGAUGGAAGCAAUUGGGCGUGUUCGACACAAGAAUCUUGUGCGACUAUUGGGAUAUUGUGUCGAAGGGAUUCACAGGAUGCUUGUUUAUGAAUAUAUUGAUAACGGAAAUUUGGACCAAUGGCUUCAUGGAGAUGUAGGCGAAGUUAGCCCAUUGACAUGGGACAUUCGUAUGAACAUAAUAAUCGGGACUGCAAAGGGAUUGGCUUAUCUACACGAGGGUCUUGAACCGAAGGUCAUACAUCGAGACAUCAAAUCAGGCAACAUACUUCUUGAUCGAUCAUGGAAUCCUAAGCUGUCGGAUUUCGGGCUCGCUAAAGUUUUCAGUUCAGAGAAUUCGUAUGUGUCCACACGGGUGAUGGGAACUUUCGGAUACGUAGCUCCCGAAUAUGCCUGCACAGGCAUGCUAACAGAGAAGAGUGAUAUUUAUAGCUUCGGUGUACUGAUAAUGGAAGUGAUCACAGGGCGAUCUCCUGUUGAUUAUAGUCGACCGGCAGGAGAGAAUAAUUUGGUUGAUUGGCUGAAGACAAUGGUUGGUGACCGAAGAUCUGAGGAAGUCGUAGAUCCUAAGUUGCCCAAACAACCCCCUUCAAAAGCGCUGAAACGUGUGAUCUUGGUAGCCCUUCGAUGUGUUGAUCCGGAUGCCCAGAAAAGACCAAAAAUUGGACAUGUCAUAAACAUGCUAGAAUCCGAAAACUUACUAUCCCAAGAUUGGCAAAUUGCUCAAGAAUCUGCGAGCUUUUCCAGAGGAAACAACGAGUCAGGCAUUGAGUCGGGGGCGACAGGUAUUUCUAGCACUAGCGAAAACGACAGCUUUAGGUACCAUAAAUUGAAUACUAGGUGGCGUUAAGGUUGUGAUGAGUUGAUGAAUGAUUGAGAUAUAUUGUUUCGCAAUGCUGCCUGUUGGGUGCCAUUUAUAUGUAGGAAGAAUUUUACAAGAAAGUAGUGGUGUAGGUGUAGCCAUUGUUUGCUGCUACUUGAUAUGAUAUGAUGCUUUCAUUGAUUUUAUUUAUUGAUUGAUCGAUGGAUCGAUGAAUUGCUUUCGCUUU